CACAACAAAUAUACCUGAAUUUUCAGGUACCAGGCAGCAAAUUUAUGGUUCAUUUGCUCAUCCUUCACAGGAGCGGCUCAGAGCUGUCCUUUCCUUUGCACGUGGGUUUUUUUCCUCUUUUGGAGAAAGCGCAAAACCAAAUAUGGCUUUGCUGUGAUUCUUUUAGGCUUAUUUGCUUUCAUCUGUGCUGAGUUUUCCUCCUUCCGUUUUCCUUCAGCAAAGCCAUGCUCUUGCUAAAGAAGAAGCGUUACCAAGAGCAACUUAUAGAUAAAACAGAAAACCAAAUCAGCAACUUGGAGCGAAUGGUCCAGGAUAUUGAAUUCACCCAGAUUGAAAUGAAGGUCAUCGAGGGUCUGAAAAUAGGCAAUGACUGUCUGAACAAAAUGCACCAGGUUAUGUCAAUAGAAGAAGUAGAAAGGAUAAUGGGUGAAACCCAAGAUGCUGUGGAGUACCAGAGGCAAAUAGACGAGCUGCUGGCUGGCAGCCUGACUGAGGAAGAUGAAGAUGCCAUUCUAGAAGAAUUAAACGCUAUUACUCAGGAACAGCUGGAGCUCCCCGAAGUUCCUUCUGAGCCACUCCCAGAAAAGAUCCCAGGUACGCUUCCUUUCCACGCUCUGCAGCUUUGGCUCCCAUGCUUAGUCCUCAGCCCUCUCCUGUUGUAAGUGUUGUCCUAGCAAAUGUGGAGGAACAUAAACCUGGGUUAAAGCCCUGUUGGUCUGUGCUACGCAAGCUUCCCCCACGAAGCUCUGACAAACCCAGCCGACCCUUUACCGUACGAGGACCCAAGGCUCUCGUCUCCUUGUUCAGUCGGCAUCUAGUCAUUCCUCUUGGAGCUCCUUUUCGUGACAUCUGCUGCUCCUCAGCCACACUUUGUACCCGCUGUGGGACUGCCGGCUGCCUUGGGACACCCGGCCUGUGUUCCACUGUGAAGCUCCCUGAGGAGCCCCUUCCUUGGCUCUCCGCUUGACCCCGGCAAGGCUUUC